UUGUCCGAGGAAGCAGGGCCCAACGGGAGGGCAGCCCUCUCACUUUUUUCGCGCCUAUUUCGCAGUUUCGGAAAGUAGGAAAUCAACACAAAAUACCAACAGCCGUCCACGCAACAGGUGGGUGUAUCCUUCCCUUUAGCAAUCCCUCUCCCUUCUUUGCUGCUUCAAAUUUCAACCUUACUCUAAUACACAUGACAAGAUGAGUUUGUUCAAGGGAUCUCCGCUGCUGCUGCUGCUUGUUCUGCUAUUUUUGUGUAACAAUGGAAUUCUUGUGACAGCCAAACAAGCUUCUCUUCAUCGAUCAUUCUCAAGUCAGGGGAUUCGUGGCCUGAAGAAUCCUGUGUAUCGUGGCUUGAAAAAGGACGACAGUGGCAAAGACAAGGACUCUUUCCAGAAUGUCGAAUCUGCCUUUGGAGACAAACAACAAAAUGACGAGAAGGAUAAUGACAAUGGGAAAGAUGAAGACGAAGAAUCGGAGGAGGAUAAUGACAAAGAGGAAGACGAAAAAGAGAAAGAGGACAAUGUCAAAGAAGAUAACAAAGAUCAAGAUGACAAAGGGGUCUCCAAUGAUCCAGAAGGGGUUCCUGCCAUCAAAUACGUCCUCCUACCCGAGUUUACAGUGGAACUGGGUGUCGAUGCGUAUUCUUCCAACCGACAAGAAGGGGGGGCUGCUCGCAACAACUACGACGCCAUUGAGAUGCUAAUGGCCACCUACUUUGAAACUCUCUUGCCACGAGAUUUGAUGGGACCCAACUACCUUACGGCAGAAAUGGAGGCUCGCAUGUCCAAGAGUGUCGACUUUGGACAAGGCGCCUUGUUGAACUUCAAGAUCAGAGGACAGGCUCAAUAUCUCGACGAACCAGUCCCAUCCGAAGCUGAACUCAAAGACCGUCUCAUUUGGUUCCUUUCUCGAUGGCAAGGACAAGGACAGCUGGAACGAUUCCUCAACGAAAACGGACUCUAUGGAUCCAAGAUAUCCAACAUUUAUGUCGAUCAAGAGCAGGUCACAUCCACGUCAGCCAACAGUGGAUUCUUGUCGGGCAAUCAAGAUAUUCCUGAGUUUGGCAGCGCCAAUGGCCAAGAAGAUGGCGGAGAAGGCGACGGAAAAUCGAAGGCGGGGCUCGUUGUUGGAUUGAUUUUCUUCUUGCUGGCGUUUGCGGCAGUGGCAUAUGUCAUGUACAAACACAGAGAAAGCCUCAAGGCAGAAUGUGGUGUGUGCUACAAGUCAGCGCGGGAGAAAUCCCAGCAGCUGCGGGAUAAACACCGUCAGAGACAGGCUGAAAAGCGAGGGUGGAGAGACUUUGAUGGUUCGCAGGGAUCCAACGAGGCUCUGGAGGGCCAGGUCGACGGCACCAAGAAGCAACCAUCUCAAAGCAGAACCCCAACCAGUGAGCCUCCUAAGCGAAUCAAACUCGUCUCUUGGUUCCAGCAACAGACAAAGAGAUUCAAGAAACAGAAAAGCCCUGAAUACGACCAACCACCCAUCAUUGGACCUCCCAGACGCUUUAGUAAAAAAGUCCCACCAUCAACCAGUGAACCUCCCCAGCGCUUCAAUCUCUUCUCAUGGUUCCAGCAAGAGCCUGAACUAAAUAAGAACAACGAGAUCCCUGACGAUGUCCUACCGCAGAUUCAAGUGGUGGUGGACAAUGAUCAUGUCUUGAAACAGUCCACUGGGCGGGUUCCCUACCGAAGCCAGUCCUUGACCGAACAGUCCAAACGACAGUUUUCUGCCUCCACCGUCCCUCAUGCCAACCGCAGACUGCCCCCUGAAAACACUAUGCACACGCAUGGACUUUCGGAUGAUGAAGAAUCGCUCAACAUGGAAGAUCCCGUCGUUCGCUACGCUCCUCCCACUCGGUCUCAAGGAAAAGUGCAUCGUGGCCAACACAACAAGUCCAAACACCGAGCAGUUGGCUCUCCAUCCACGGUUGCUAGUACUCCCUCUCCUCCUCCCAAACCAGUACGAGCACCGUCGCCGCCCAUUCCCGAAGACGAUGUUUGCACAAAUACCUUUGCCGACUGGGCCAACUUUUUGAAUCCCUGCCUCAUGCCCAAUCUUGCCAUGUUCCAAGAAGAGUCUCAAAAGCUGGAUGACCUUGUGCAAGAUGCUGGUACCAGAGGAAGCUUGUUUGAAGAGCAAUCCUCUGUGAUGGCCAGCGUAGGAUCGCAACAGCAGCAGAACAAGUCAAGCAAGGAACCGCGAUACUCAUCCCGCGACAAAGCCCACCGGUACAACUAUGGCAGCAGCCUCAGCGAAUUUUAGGUUUUGUCUUUUUGCUUGAUAGCUAGAUUAGACAUAAAUGAAUGUCAUGUGUGUGCUUUU